AUGACCAAGUACAGAGCACAGAAGAAUGGUACUUGGCGAAAGUUCUUGAUAUCAUUUUCAGUUUUAUCCAUCAUUUUAAUAACCCUAGCACUUUUAAACUAUUCCUCAGCAAACGGUGCUAAAGAUAUACACGAUGUCAUCAAGAGCUUACCAAAUGACAAGAUCCUAGGUCUAUCGAAUUUCCUCUCGUCUGAAAAUAGCAAGAAUCAGGACGAGUUACUCAAACAGAUUGAAAAGAUGAACAGCAAACAUUUUAGCGAGCAAGAACAAAGACUUUUGAAACUCGAGGAGCAAAACAGACUCAUCUUGCAGGAGUUGAAAGUUUUGAAAAGACCACCUCUGGAUUCGACAAUGAGAGAAAAACUCGCUUAUUUAUAUUCCUACGAUCCGGAAGCCAGGUUCCCAGCAUAUAUCUGGCAAACAUGGAAACACGGCUUAAAUGAUGAUAGAUUUGAUGAAAAGUACAGACAAGGAGAAUCGCAAUGGGCAUACAAGAACCCAGGAUUCGUUCAUGAAUUGUUUAAUGACGACACGGCUCAUACAAUGGUGAAAUACCUUUAUAAUCAAAUCCCCGAGAUUAUCGAAACGUAUGAGAUGCUUCCCGAAAUCAUUCUUCGUAUGGAUUUCUUUAAAUACUUGGUGCUCUACGCUAAAGGUGGAGUAUAUGCAGAUAUUGAUACAUACCCAUUGCAGCCAGUACCCAAUUGGACACCGGAAAAUGUCAGUCCAUUGGAUAUUGGUAUGAUUGUUGCCGUUGAUGCCGACUCAUCCUCAGAUAAAUGGAGACAAGAAUCUGUGAGAAGAUUGCAAUUUGGCCAAUUUGUCAUCCAGGCCAAACCGGGUCAUCCUGUAUUGCGAGAAGUAAUUGCCGAGAUCGUUGAGACCACAAGACUUAAACAUUUGGAAAGCAUGUCCUCAACAGGAAACUCGAAUUUGAAAUUGACCGGUAACGCUCAACAGAAAUUGAUGAAGAUUAGUCAAUGGACAGGCUCUGCAAUCUGGACAGAGGUGAUAUUCAAGUACUUUAAUGAUUACAUCUUAUCCUCGGUGUUUCAAAAAGUUACGUGGAAGGAUUUCCAUGAAUUAAGUACACCUAAAUUGGUUAGUGAUAUCUUGGUAUUGCCAAAAAGUUCCUUUGCUAGUGAUGUGGAUGUUGCAAAUGACGGAAAGAUUACUGAUCCAUUGGCAUUUGUCAAGCAUUAUGCUGCAAAGAUCUGGAAAGGUGACUAA